CCUCACCGACGAUGGUACAUUAGUUAAGAUCUGAUUUUUUCUGCGGCUCCAUCAAACGCGCGCGCUCAGGGCGGGUCGUGUGACGUCACGCGCGCGUCCACGGACCAGACGCUCGGCGAGUCAACGGAUGUUUGUACCUCAAAACCCCAAAUAAAACCAUCACUUAAAGCGGAACGACGGGAACAGAUAACGCGGGGAGAUGUCUGUGGCGGGGCUGAAGAAGCAGUUUCACAAAGCGACUCAGAAAGUCAGUGAGAAGGUCGGAGGAGCUGAAGGCACCAAACUAGACGAUGAUUUCAAAGAAAUGGAAAAGAAAGUGGACGUUACAAGCAGAGCGGUGCUCGACAUCAUGACUAAAACCACAGAAUACCUGCAGCCAAACCCCGCGUCCAGGGCACGUCUAAGCAUGAUCAACACCAUGUCUAAGAUCAGGGGUCAGGAUAAGGGUCCGGGUUACCCUCAGGCUGAGACGGUGCUGGCAGACGCCAUGCUGAAGUUCGGACAUGAGCUCGGAGAAGAAUCAUGUUUUGGUCUGGCUCUGCUGGACGCCGGUGAAUCCAUGCGUGAGCUCGGUGAGGUGAAAGACGCUUUAGAUAUAAACGUCAAACAGAACUUCAUCGACCCGCUGCAGAACCUGCACGACAAAGAUCUCCGAGAGAUUCAGCAUCAUCUGAAGAAGAUGGAAGGCCGACGCCUGGACUUCGAUUAUAAGAAGAAGCGUCAGGGGAAAGUGACGGAUGACGAGCUCAAACAGGCGCUGGAGAAAUUUGACGAGUCUAAAGAGAUCGCGGAGCAGAGCAUGUUUAACCUGCUGGAGAAUGACAUCGAGCAGGUGAGUCAGCUGUCGGCUCUGGUUCAGGCUCAGGUGGAGUAUCAUCAGCAGGCUGCUGAGAUCCUGCAGCAGCUCUCCAGCAAGAUAGAAGACAGGAUAAAGGAGAUGUCCAAUAAACCCCGGAAGGAGUACAUCCCCAAACCCCACAUGGAGCUUCAACUGCCCAGUGAGAAUUACAACGGAGGAAUAAAUUCAGCAAAAUCACCUGCACGCUCACCAGCUCCGUUAGAUCAGCCGUGUUGUCGCGCGCUGUAUAACUUCGAGCCAGAGAACGAGGGUGAGCUUGGCUUCAAGGAGGGUGACAUCAUAACUUUGACCAAUCAGAUCGACGACAACUGGUACGAGGGCAUGAUCCACGGCCAAUCAGGUUUUUUCCCCAUCAACUAUGUGGACAUCCUGGUGCCUCUGCCUCACUAGGGUCCAACAACCCCAGCUGUUGCCUAGCAACCCAACAGCCGCCUUUAUCGUGCAUCUGUGCUACAGCUUCACUUCCUGUUCCUGUCGAUCAGUGACUGAGGAUUAUGAUGUUGAGGAAGAUUAUAGACAUUAUGGAGUCCGGUUUGAGUGGAGGAACAGUUCAAGUGCUCAGUGUGUAUGAGUUUUUGCGAUCUUGGACUUGUUUAUAUUCUUUUUCUUGUGUUUCAGAUUAUUUAUUUGUACUUGAUUGAUCUAAGGGAACUAGCGCUUCACUCUUCUGAUAAACCUCACUUAAUCCAGCUCUAUCCCAGCAUGCUUAUAGGAAAGUUCUGGAUUUCCAGAUGUGUUUUAUUGUGUCGCUUCUCUAUCUUCGUCACACACUUUAAAUAUUUUUCUCUUGGCUAAGCAAACAACAAGAUGCUGUUGUGAGUGGUUAAAUUAAAAUUUUAUUGCAAUUUGGCUCAGAACAGAAAUGUCGGUCCUGCGCUGCAAAAGUGAGGUUCUUUCUCAGUAUUUUUGUCUUGUUUCCAGUACGAAUAUCUAAAUACUCUUAAAUCAAUAUAAAUAAAUUAAUUAAACAUAUACUUAAAGUCUUGUUUUCUGAAAAAUUUACUAAAAUAAAAUGUGUUUAUUCUUAAAACAAAAAAUAUAUAUAUCUGACAAUGGCAUUUGAAAUUGAGUUUGAAAUUGAGUUUUCUGACCACACUGACAGAUUUUUAUUUCCUUUUUUAAGCAAAUCUAAUUUUUUAAAUACAUUUUUCAUUAAACAAGACUUCAUAUUUUGAGCCUUUCUUUCAAGUAAAUUUACCUUAAUUUAAGAUUUAUGUAUAUAUAUAUAUUUCUAAUGGAAAGCCAGACAUAAAUAGGGUAACACUUUACAAUGAAGUCAUUAGUUAACUUUGGUGAAAUAACAUUAACUGACAAUGAACAAUUUGUUACAACCUUUAUUAACCUUGUUUAAUAAAAAUACUGUCCAUUUUUAUUUCAUAUUAGUUCAGGUUCAUUAAAUAAUAUUAACAGAUGCCUCUUUGUAUUAGUAAUUGUUGAAAUUAGAUUACCUCAGAUUAAUAGGUGCUUAAGAAUAAUUUGUCAUUUUUAAUUCUUGUGUUCAAAAUUGGAUAUUGUAGUGUUACCCGAAUAAUACUAAGUGAGAAAAUAAUUUUUGCUGUGUGGUUGGGAAACUUUCUCUUUGUUUGCUUGUUUAAUAACUACUUAUUGUUCAGAAUUCCCAGUGAAAUAUCAAAAUGCAAUAAGCUUAUUGAACAUAGAGCACACGCACAUGGUUUGUUAUUGGUCCAAAUUGGUCAACCUGCCCUAAAACCCAUUUAAUCAAGAUGGACAAAAUCAACUUAAGCUAAAAGAUCAACUGAUAAACCAUAUCGACUAGCGAAUGACCAGCAGUGUGCAGCCUUCAUAAGCUAGUUAAACUGGGUUUUUCUUGAGCCUGAUGGUAGAUGUUUCCUGAAGCAGCAUAUAAAGUCUUAUUUUUUUAAAUAAGUGGUAUUUCCACGAAUGCCAAGAUUACCGGAGUGUGCUGGUUAUUGUGUGUAUGCGUGUGAAUGUUUCCACAUAGAAUAUAAUGCUAGUUACUACUGUAGUGUUAGCAGUUAGUCGUUAGUGCUGUGAUGUUUGUAAGCACAUGUGGUUUGAGAAAGACUAUUUUUAAUGUUAAAAUGAUGGAUUGAUUGCAGCUGAAGAACAUAUAUAGUGUCUACUAGACUGAAGUGUAGCAGAGUUUGUUGUUUAAGUGGUUGAUGGACCAUGUUCUGUAGCACAGCUCGCGCUGUGUGUUGUUUGUUGCCUUCAACGCGUUCGGCCUUCGUUUGAAACCGUGAUGUUUGUCGACCGCUGCUUGCGGCCAGACCAGUGACUAUGGAAGCUUGUUUCUGUUACAGAACACAAAAAUAAAAAAGAUAAUUGCAACUUUAUCUCACAAUAAUGAGUUCUUCAUCACAAUUGUAAGUUUAUAUUUAGAAAAUUUUAAAGACAUUUAUUAGCCAGUUAUAAUCUCAUAAUUGGAGGUUUGCAUCUUGUAAUUCCCUUUUCUCAGAAUUCAAAGUUUAGGUCUAUAUUUUGCAAUGCUGAAUUUUUUGUUUUGUUUAAAUCUCAUUUUCUUUUUGUUUUUUCCACAGAAUUAAAAAAAGGUAAUUGCAAAGUAAAAAAAAUGAUCUCACAGUUCUGACAUUUUAGCAAAUUGUUCACACAAAUUGUUCAAUUUCUUCACGCAAUUCUGAGUUUAUAUCUCACAAUUCUUACAUUUUGCACAUUUCUGACUUUUUUCGUGUAAUUCUAAGUUUUUAUAUCACAAUUUUUACAUUUAUACGCAAUUCUGACUUAUUUCUCUGAAUUCUGAAUUUAUAUCUCACAAUUCUAACUUUUCUCACACUUCCGACUUUUUUCUUUGAAUUCUGAGUUUAUAUCUCAAAACUAUUUUUUUUUGUUUUGUUUUACAAUUCUGACCUUUUUCUAUGAAUUCUGAGUUUAUAUAUCACAAUUGUGGCAUUUUUCGCAAUUCUGACUUAUUUUUCAGAGUUCUGAAUUUAUAUCUCACAAAUAAAAAUGUUUUUUUUUAUAUCUGACUUUUUUCUUAGAAUUUCUAGUUUCUAUCUCCAAUUCUGACUUUUUAUUUCAAUUUCUGUGUUUAUAUCUCACAGUUCUGUCUUUUUCGUAAUUCUGACGUAUUUCUCUAAAUUCUGAGUUUAUAUCUCACAAUUUAAUUUUUUUCUUUGAAUUUACAAUCUUCAAUUGUGGCAUUUUUCGCAAUUCAAUUUUUUUUUUCGAUUUCUGAGUUUAUAUCUCACAAAUCUGUCUUUUUCGCAAUUCUGACUUUUUUCUUGGAAUUGAGUUUAUAUAUCACAAUUCUCAAAUUUUUGGCAAUUCUGACUUUUUUAUUUUUUAUUUUAUUCUGUUUACAUCUUACAAUUCUGUUUCUCUCUCUCACUCUGUUUUUCGGGCAUGGAAUAUAAAAGGGGUUAAUUGUGACAUGUUAUUUUUCUCUCAGAGUUUAAAAUAAGUCAGAAUUAUAAGAUAAAACCAUAUGUUUUUAUUCCAUGGUGGAAUAAGCUUCCAUAACUGUUGAUUUAGAAAUGUAACAGAGAGUUUCUUGUUUUUGUCAUGAAAUAUUCAGGUCUAGUAGCUGAUGAAACGCAUCUGAGGACAGCAGUUUUCUUUAUAUGAGCGUGUGUUUUGUGCCAUCUGUUCUCCGUCACGCGUUACUGAACCAGGUGUGACUCUACAACCUGUGCAUCACAUCCAGUUCAUCGUCACUGUGUUUUUGUUCUGAAUAGCCAUGAACACGAGCGAUGUACCACCAGAUGUUUUGUUUUGAUUUCUGCUGCGUUGUGUCUUCACCUGUGUCCUGAUUGGCUGCGAUUGUUUCACAUCAAACAUGCGUCAUGUCCAUGGUCACAUCUGCACACCUGCGAAGAAGAACAUCAAGUCCAUCUCAUAGUUCACCCCCAAACCCCAAUUAGAUUAGACUUUUUUAAAGACAAUUAAUGCGCAAUCAUUUUAUGCACAUCAUAAUUUUUAUGACAUUUAAAGUGAUAGAAAUAUGAGUGUUACUCUAACGCAAGCAAGUUAUUGUCAGCUGUAAAGUAUAUUUGUAGAGUACAAAUGAAAUGUGUAUAACUGAUUAUUUAUUUAUUUAGCCAAACCACUUUGGAAUUUUAUAUAUAUUGAUGAGUAAUAUUAGUUUAAAAUUUUAUUUAUUUAUUUUUUAAGUGUUGCGUUUUUGUUUAAAAAUUAUUUAUUUUUAAAUGUAAAUUUUUUAUGAUUUAAUUAUAGUUUUUUUGUACAAUUUACCGUAAAUCUUUUUAAUUGUAGUAAAAAUAUUGUCACGUGAUGGGCUAAAGCUGGGCGUUUCUUUGCAGGAUUCACGAAGUUGAGACGCGCUGUUCACUCUGAAUCUUAAAUCUUUCUCAUGCAUCUAAUGAUUAAAUCAGUGUUAUUAUUGAUAGUAUUAUCACAGAUUUCCAGUCAGUCACAUCUGAUACGGGCAAUAACUUUGAAAUCACACUCUCUCUUUAUAUAAUGUAAAUGUGUGUGUUUGAAUAGCAGUAUAAACACUUGAAUCAUCGCUCCACGACGCAAACCUGUAAUGUGUGUGUGUGUGUGUUGUGCACGUGAUGUUACAGAGAUUCACUGUUUUGAUGUCAUAUGUUUGUAUUUAUUUAGCUCUUUUCUUGUGCUGGACGACAAACCUGUACUGCUUGAUGUGAGAAUAUAAUGAGAAUAAACACAAUAUCACUGCAAUGUC